CAGGAGUUUCUGGCUGCAGUCUACAUGCUGCACUGUUACACCAACAGGAACACAGAGGUACUGAAGGACUUCCUGCAGGGAGACUAUAGCAACAGGUAUAACAGUGAUCAGGAUUACCCAUCCCUGGAUGUCUUCCUGGAGGGAGCCAUGAAGAAAUCCCUCAGAAGUAAAAAUGGCCACUUGGACCUGUUUGUCCGCUUUCUCCACGGCCUCUCUCUGGAGUCCAACCAGAGACUGUUAGGAGGCCUGCUGGGUCGCACAGACAACCGUCCAGAAACCAUCCAGAGAGCCAUCAACAACCUGAAGGACAUGAACAGUGAUGAAAUCUCUCCUGACAGGAGCAUCAACAUCUUCCACUGUCUGACAGAGAUGAAGGACCACUCAGUCCAUCAGGAGAUCACAGAUUUACUGAAGUCAGAGAACACAUCACGGAUCUACUUGUCUUCUCUGGCCUACAUGCUGCAGAUGUCAGAGGAGGUUCUGGAUGAGUUGGACCACGAGAAGUACGAAACAUCAGAGGAGGGACGACAGAGAGUGAUUCCAGAUUUGAUGAACUGCAGCGAGGCUGUAUUUCCUUACUGUGGAAUCUCAGACUCUGACUGUGAAGUCGUGGCCUCCGCUCUGAAGUGCGACCCCUCCCACCUGAGAGAGCUGGACCUGAGAGCCAACAAGCUGCAGGAUUCAGGAGUGGAGAUGCUGAGUUCUGGACUAAAGAGUCCAAACUGUAAACUGGAGUAUCUCAGGUCAGAUCACUGGCUGUAGUUCAUGUGGAUUUCUAUUCAUUUAACAUUUAUAUUAUUUCUAAUUCCAGAGUUUAGUACUAAGAGUUCAAAGACAUUUACAUUAUUUUAUAUUUCUUUCUAAAUGGCUGAGUAUUUUAAAGACCAACAAAAAGCAGAGAAAGUAAAUGUGUGACUCUGAAGUCCAACCGCUCUCAUGUGAGAUAUCCUUUCAGCCUUCACUCUCACUGUGCUCCAUGAGUCAGUGAAGAUGCUGUCAGUACUGAUGAGCUGUGAGGGAGAUGAAGGAGGUCAAAGAUGCUGCUGAGAAAAACUGCUGCAGAGAGUUUGAGCUUAUCAAUUGUUUUGAAUCUACAUCCUUUGAAGAAUAUGGAGGGUGGUGAGGGUGGUUGGUUCAAGGACUAAACAGUCAACGCAGUGGAUUUAAAGAUGAGCACAUGGAGGCAGGAGUUCCAGAUCAUUGUUUUAUUGUAAUUUGUUGAUUCUUGUUUGUCUUAAUUGUUGUCUGGUUGAUCUGGUAGGAAAGUACAACACAUCUUAGUUAGUUCAAACAUAACAUUCAUACUUCAAAUGAUACUCCAGCAAAGCAGUUAUCUUUCUACAUUAUUAUAUGUAAUGUAGAAAUAAAGUAACCAAAUCUAAACGGUACAGAAAAUAGGGAGGUAAACUACUGGAGCUGCUAUGAACAUACAAUACAAAGGAAAGGAACACGUACUGAUUAUUUACUCAAACGAUUGGUUCUCAGGAGUUGCAUGAGGCCAGCCAGCUUCUUUGUUCAUGGGGGAAAGGAUUUCCCACAGGUGAGCUGGAGGAGGGAGCAGGUAGAGGGAGGCCGGAGUGGGAGAGGGGUUUUCCACAUCAUUGCUGACAUUAAAACCAUUUUGAGCUCUGAACCGAUUAUUAAACCUUAGAGAUAUUAUUUAUUAUUAUGAAAUGAUUCUGAUUGUAUAUAACAUAAAUGAAAUAUAUGAUUGUAGGCAUUAUCCAGGUAUCUGCCGAAACAUUGGCGUGUCAUUAUAAAGUUCAAACAAGAGAAACGUGGAUUUAGGAAACACAAAAAAAAGAUAAUGCACUUGAUAACUAUAUAGAGACAGUCUACAUUAUCUCGUCACUUCUGCCCAGAAGCAUCAGCAAACUUGGAGAUUGAUUUCUCACAAUCUUCGUCCAAACAGCCCCGAAUGUUCCCUGCAGCAAAAUGCAUUUAGGGCAGCAUGGAGCGCCCUCAAUGCCCUGAGAAGACAGACCAUCAGACAAAACAUUACGAGGGCAACUUGCUCCAGCGGACAGCACUCUCCCCUCAGGAGGCCAUACCUCAAAAAUAGCCAGCUCCACUCAAUCACAGUUACUUCUGUCUGUUACAGAACAUCGGUUGGCUGCUUCGAGUAGUUAUUGGGGAAUCCAUCUUUGAUUCAAAUCCAUUUAACUUAUGCUCCAAGCAAGGAAACAACUGAUCUUUUUCCUCAAAGCAUGUUUUAGAAAUAUAUUUUGUUCCCGUAUGAUUACUGUAACAAAGAGAAGAGUGCAAAUGUACAGAAGCCGUGAGUGGGCGGCAAACUAUCCAUGUGAAGCUUUUGCUGGACUCAGUUGAAGGCUGAUUGACUGGAAGCAGAGUGCAGUGUUGAGAGUGAAUUGCUACAAGGAUUAUUUUAACUAUACCAACUGUGGCUUGCUGAAAGCGAUGACCUUUACACGACAAGUUAUUGUGAGUGACCUGAAUAGUUGGAUGCCGCCUGAACCAAGUUCACAUUGUUCCUUUCAUGUUAUUUGUAAUGAUGUAUUGUUUUAUGGGAUUUAUUUACAGAUAAUGCAAUCCUUAUUUUGAAAUCUAAACAAUCUAAACUGUGAGCUAUUUUUAUUCACAUUUCUCAUGAUCAAUGAAAUCUGUAUACAUACUGUAAUUGCAUCUUCUUAUCACCGAUUAUCACCGAUUAUGAAACCUUAGAGAACCUUAUUAUCUCCUUGGAUGUCCGGUGGGUCUGCAGCAGGCUUCAUCUGAAACUGAGAUUUCUGAGUUUCUUUCACUGUCCUUUUUUCUGUAGAGGAAGUAAAGAAACUGUAACUCUGGAUUUAUUUGUUGUUUGAGGUGCAGUAUAUGACUCAGCAGCUUUAAGACAUGAAGACACUAUUAUUUUACACUUCGCUCUAAUGAAAG